AUGGGUUUUGCAAACAAGGUGGUGUUGUUGUCCGGUGCGGGCUCAGGAAUCGGUGAAGCUACAGCUAUAGCCUUCGCCAAAACAUCAGCAAUACUCUCGAUAUUCGACAAGAAUGAAACAGUACACGCAGUCGGAGAAACUUGCAAGAAAUACAACAACAAAAUAAUAACAUCUACCACCGAUGUCACUUCGGAUGAGGAUUUAAAGGGGUUGGUCGAGAAAACGGUGGAAGAAUUCGGGAGAAUCGAUGUUUUGGUAAACUGUGCUGGUUCUUAUUACAGUGGUAAAAUAACUGAUGAACACUUCAUGGAUACCAACGAGAGAUGUAUGAAGGUGAACUUUAGAUCUGCUGUGCUCCUAACCCAUCUGACUGUUCCACAUUUGAUCAAAACCAAAGGUAACAUUGUCAACGUUACCAGCGUAUCUUCGAAGCUGAUAACCCCUGGAUGGCUCCCGUAUGACGUCUCCAAGGCUGCUCUUAGUCGGUUCACAGCCUGCGCAGCUCUGGACCUAGCUGCAGACCACGUAAGGAUAAACGCCGUCCAACCAGGAGGCACCCAAACGAACCUACUAGUUAACAGCGGCUAUUUCAAAGCGGAUGAUAAUCAUAAAGUUUGGAAGAAUUUCGCGAAGAAGACACCUUUGGGUAGAAUCAUACAUCCCGAGGAAGUCGCCGACUUGAUUCUGUAUUUAGCGAGUGAGAAGGCUAGGAGCAUAACUGGAGAAGAGUUCGCUAUAGAUGCUGGGUUGUUGGCUAAAGGAUACGUACCACAGAAAUAA